CUGCCAUUCGCUCUGCAUAUACACUAGCAUACUUCGGCUUCAGCAGUCUUCGGGUCUUUCCAAACGCGACAGCUCCUCAGCCAAUCGACCUCACCACCCCGCUGCUCGCUCGAUGCGCUGGUCAUCGACUCUCGGCGGACUUGGUUUUCUGACCGCCGCCUCUGCCCAACUAGAUGGCCUGAAAGGGGGCUCUGCAUCCUCCGUAUUGGGGCAGAAACCGGAAAGUAGAGUGGCACGCAACGUGCUGGAAGGCAAAUCUGAAGGAUAUUGCUCUGUAAGCACCCACCUUAGUUCUCUCGAGCACCAUCGCAUCGAUCGAUUACUCAUCUUGAUGUAGCCAUCAGGACCUAUCGAGUCCACUCACUGUUUAUAUGAACAAGUAGAAUCCCUGAAUCAACGCCUCUUCCCAGCUCUGCACGAGCUCGUGACAACACCCUUCUUCCGACAUUACAAAGUCGACUUGUAUCGCGAGUGUCCCUUCUGGUAUGAGAAUGGCUUCUGCAUGAAUAGGAACUGCGGAGUAGAGGAACUGAAUGAGAGCGAGAUACCUGAAAAGUGGCGGGCCGCUGCUUUGUCAGAAGUACGAGUCUCGGGUAGCGAAGAUGAAGGUGUCUCGGGUUGUUAUUUCAAAGAGCAAGACUUUUGCUAUGUAGAGGACGAUGCCGAUUUCAAUGGCCAAUAUGUCGACUUGACCCUCAACCCAGAGAGGUUUACUGGAUACUCUGGUGACUCGGCACACCGUGUAUGGCGAGCAAUAUAUGAGGAGAACUGUUUCGGCCUGUCUGAAGCAUCUCUCUCUGAGCUGUCCAAGCCUUCUUCCGCUGCCCCUCCUGGUUUAGGCUUAGGAUCAUCCAAGAGCAAGAGCGAACUUGCGUCUGCUGUCGUGGGGGCUGGUGGGGUCAGCAAGCCGGGAGAUGGAUCUAGUGCUCCAGGUUGGGGCUUUUCAAAAUUGAGUGAGGGCUGGGGAACAGAAAUGGUCAAAGCCCCUGCUACAGGGGAAGAGAUGUGCGAAGAAAAGAAAGUGUAUUAUCGUGUCAUCUCUGGUCUCCACGCUUCCAUUUCCAUACAUAUCUGCGCAGAAUAUAUGGACCAAACAACAGGUGAAUGGGCUCCCAACCUCGACUGCUUCAUCUCCCGCCUAGCUACCCACCCCGAACGGCUAUCCAAUGUCUACUUCAACGCCGUCCUUCUACUGCGGGCAGUGGCCAGGGCGGCGCCGUACCUUGAAAAGUAUGAUAUCAGCACUGCUCAAGUGGGGGUGGUGAGGGAGGGUGAUGCGAAGGCCAAGACGUUGCUUGGCGAGGUGUUGGGUCUGGCAGGAAGCGAGGGAAUAGCCAAGGGGUUCGAUGAGGGCGACUUCUUCGCUGGACAAGAUGCUGGUAUUCUCAAAGAGCAAUUCAAGUCUCACUUCAGAAACGUGUCUCGCAUAAUGGACUGCGUUGGAUGUGACAAGUGCAGACUCUGGGGGAAAUUACAAGUGACUGGUAUCGGAACAGCGCUCAAGAUCCUCUUCGAGCUUGACGACAAGGCUUUCGACCCAAAGAUCAAUCCCGAUUUGCUUCAGCGUUCCGAGGUGGUAGCACUUAUCAACACCCUGCACCGUAUUUCAGAAAGCUUGGCAUCGGUUGAGCAGUUCAGGAAGAUCUACGCGGAUACUCAGCAGCUCGAGAGUCAGAGUCAGUCCAGCAAGACCAAGACAAAGCCAUCCAAGGCCAAACCGCCCAAGGCCGCCAAGUCUUCCAUUCCUUCAAAGCCGCACAUUUUAGACGGCUUACUAGACGUGCUAGGGAGUCUGAUAGAUAGUCUGAAGGACAGGUGUUGGUGGUGCCUUGAUUUCUGCUUGAAAAAGGUGGAAAGUGGGGGUGGGGGAUAUAGAGAAUUCGGUAGCUCGGUGAGACGGUGGGUAGGAGGUGUAGGAUUGGGGAGGGAGCUCUAGGUGUCUGAGUAUCUGUACCACAUGGUUGAAUGUCAUUGUCAUACCUCACAGACCAGACAAGUGGUAGAGCACUUAUUUGAAAUUUAGCGCAUACUUUCUCCGAUGAACACGCCUCAUGGCGCCCCCGUAUUUCUACGAUACUACACACUGCCAG